GAUUCCAACAAAACCAAGUCUCUACCUGCAGGGGGCGAUACCCAUUUUUCAAACCAUUUUGUGGUUGCAGUUGACCCGGAUGUUGAUACGAUUUGUAUUUUCCCCCAUACUGUUGGACUCCUUAGUUGUCAGCUAUCAUCGUCUGGCGAUCUAACUAGUGAUGUAAGAAAAAUAAAAAACAAAUGUCUAAGAAACAGCAGAGGGACCUUUAGGUUGUAGUUUCUCCUACAACAUCGCUGCGCUGGCCCUUUAAGAAAGCCGGGGAUCAAAGAGUGCUUCUGAUCAGCAGAACAAGCUUACACCAUAAAUAUGUCUGAACAAGGAUAUCAGUCACCAGCUACUUCUGACAGACGCCUGAGCACACCAGAACCACAGAGGAUGGGCUCCUGGAAGACACCCAUACAAAUCCUGUAUGAAUAUGGCGUCGUUAGCGGAGACCUCCCCGUGUUUGUGAUGGAGAAAGCAGAAGGAGAGGCUCACCAGCCCAGCUUCGUCUUCAGCGUGACAAUAGGAGGCGUUAAAUGUACAGGUCAGGGACCCAGUAAAAAGGCAGCUAAGCAGCAGGCUGCAGAGGCCGCACUGAAAAUUUUGAACAUCGACUCUGAAAGUGGGGCCGUUCCUGGGAGGUCCAACACUAAUGGCAUCAUAGCAGAACCAAACAACCCCGUGGGCCUGCUGCAGGCCUUGGCGUUGCAGAGAAGAUGGCAUGUUCCUGAGUACAUUAUUUUAACAGAGAGCGGCCCGCCGCACCGAAAAGAGUUCACAAUAAUCUGUAGACUGGAGUCGCUCACAGAACAGGGGGUUGGAAACACCAAAAAAGCAGCAAAAAAGGAAGCGGCAGAGAAAAUGGUGGCGAAACUUCAGAGAUUAUCGGGAUCCCCUGAGAUCACAUGGACUCCUAAUCCGAGCGUUUGCUUUGAGAACAUCAGGAACUCCUCAGCAGAGAAGAUCUCUCUACUCAGGAGAAACCCUCUGAGCAUUCCCAACACUGACUACAUACAGAUGCUGCUAGAUCUCUCCAAAGAGCAAGGCUUUGAGGUCACAUACUUUGACAUAGAUGAGCUGACGGUGAACGGUCAGUACCAGUGCCUGGCAGAGCUGUCCACCAAUCCCGUCACCGUGUGCCACGGCACCGGCAUCUCCUGCAGCAACGCCCACAACGACGCCGCGCACAGCGCCCUCCAGUACAUGAAGAUCAUGGCUUCCAGCAAAUAAAAAUCCCACCAGCACCUGCAGAGUCUCUGCCUGACCCCCGUCAUCUGUACUCAUCUGUGUCACAGAGCAGCUCCACUUGAUUUCUGCUGGUUUUAUUGUAACUGAUGAGGAGAUUAAAAGAUCCAAAACUUUUAGCAUAAGCAGGUUUAU